GGUCAUCAAUGAAGGCUGCGUCGGUGGGCUUUUAUUAAAUUAAAGCAUCCGACAUAUCUUUUUACUCUUCUAAGCACACUUGAAUCUCCAGCAGGCACGCCAUCAUGGCCGCCGCCGAUGUUCGCGACAUGCUGGAUCUGCCCGCGGAGGGCCAACCCCGACCUCACAAGAAACAAAAGGUCGUCGAGAAGCGUCCUGAGGGCAUCACCCGUGAGCUCUUCGCCCUGCUCGGCGAGCGAGCCCCUCCGAUCGCCAUCAACGAGAACCGAUACAAGGGCCGUCCGAAAUGGAUGAGCAAACUGCGCGUCCGCCCAUGGCGCAUGACCCCCUUCGUGAAUGGUGCCCGCUCCGACGGCCUCGUUCUCCGCCACUGGCAGCGCCAGCAUGAACCCGCCAAGGUCCCCGCACUGGAGGGAUCGGAGAUGGAAAUCGAGAAGAAAGAAGAAACAGCCGAUACAGCAUCCGCCGAGACACCGCAGCAGGACUCGAUGUUCUCCAAAUACAACGUCAAAGCCCGCGUCCCUAACCGCUACACCGACGAGGAAUACAAUCGCCAUCUCAAGAGCGACGACUGGACGCGCCAGGAGACCGACUACCUGAUGGACCUGGUCGAGGAAUACGACCUCCGCUGGGUCAUCAUCGCCGACCGCUACGACUACCAACCACACCCGGUCGACACCGAAACCAACGCCAACGCCCUCGUCCCCGCCAAGCGGUACCGAACAAUGGAGCAAAUGAAAGCCCGAUACUACUUCAUCGCAGCCAGCAUGCUCGCCCUCGAGCACCCCCCGUCCGAGAUGUCGGAAGCCGAAUUCGAACUACACGAGAAGAUGCUCAAGUUCGACGCCGACCGCGAACGAUCCCGCAAGGAGCUCGCCGCUCUGCAACUAAACCGCACCGCCGACGAAGUCCGCGAAGAGAGCAUCCUCCUCGAGGAACUCAAACGCAUCACCGCCAACGAACAAGACUUCAUCACUGAGCGCCGCGAACUCUACUCCCGUCUCGAAGUUCCCAUCAGCGUUGGCAACACCACCAUGUACCAAUCCAGUCAAGGCCUCUCUCAACUCCUCCAGACCCUCCUCCAAGCCGACAAGAGCAAGAAACGCCGUUCCAUCCUGGGUCCCGAAGCCGGCGCCGCCCCCAGCCCAGCCAGCCAAACCCCGGCGCCCAACGCCCCCAGCAGCACCCGCGACAGUCGCGCGGACACCCCUAACGCCGCACCAGCAGCCCCAACCAACAAGAAAGCCGCGGCAGCCGCAGCCGCAGCCGCAGCGAACAAAGAAGCCCAACAAUCCAUCCGAACCCUCACGCCCGCCGAAGAAGCCAAAUACGGCGUGCAGCACCACGACCGUCUCGCUCCAGGCGUACAAUUCCGCAGCGACCGCGCUCAGAAACUCACGCAAGCAAAAUCCAACGUCCAGACACAGAAGCUCGCUGCCGCGCUGGCAGAACUGGAGGUUCCGCUGCGGCUGGUCAUGCCUACGGAACGAGUCUGCAAGGAGUUCGAGAAGUUGAUCCACUCGGUGAAUUUACUGCUCGAGGCGCGCAAGGUAGCUGAGAAGGUGGAGAGCGAGAUCCGCGUGUUGGAGGCGGCCAAGGAGGAACGGGAGCGCAAGGUCAAGGAGGCGCAGGAGAAGGAUAAACCGGAGGUAAAGUCAGAGCAAGAGGAUCAGCCACUUCCCGCGGUGGAGGCUACGGAUGGUGUGGAGAAUAUUGAUGAUGCGGCGGAAGGGGGUGAAUCCGGGGAGAAGACGGGGGAGGUCGAGAGGACGUCGCAUAAACGCUCGGCGAGUGUGCUGAGCAAUACCAGCGAUAAAAGUACCAAGCGACAGCGCAAGUGAGUCAGGCAUCUAUGGGCGUUGGAGGGCGUUUUGUGUUUCAAUAUACCUAUGUACGACUACAUGAACUUGGUCUGGAUAAACGGGCAGCUAAUGUAAUUCUGCUGAUGCAAUACAUCGAUAUUGGUCGUUCCAAUUUUUCUGGGUACAUU